UCUCUCUGUCUCUCGCACACACGCACGCAUCCCUACACGCGUGCACACACACACACACACACAGAGCUAGCGAGGCUCCCGCACGCCCUGGCGCGGGGCGGCGGCUGGGCGUGCUUGGAGGCGCCCUCCGUCCCGCCCCGAGGUCAGCGUCGCCCGGCGCUCCCCUCCAGCCCGGUGCCCGGUGCCCGGUGCCCGGCCGGAGCUCAGGUCCUGCUGCUGCAGCCCCCGAUGAGCCAGCUGGGCACCUCCGAGCGGGCAGCGAGCGGCUGGGGGCGGCGCUGAGCCCCCCCCCACCCUCCCCACCGCCCCCGGGGGGAGCGUCGAGGCCGGGACCAUGUACCGGGACCCGGAGGCGGCGUCCAGCCCAGGGGCGCCCUCCCGCGAUGUCCUGCUGGUCUCAGCCAUCAUCACCGUCAGCCUUAGCGUCACCAUCGUCCUGUGUGGAAUCUGCCAGUGGUGUCAGCGCAAACUGGGCAAGCGCUACAAGAGCUCCUUGGAGACGGUGGGGACUCCGGAUUCUGGGCGCGGGCGCGGCGAGAAGAAAGCCAUCAAUGAUCUAGACAGAGACUUUUGGAAUAACAAUGAGAGCACAGUGCAACAGAAAUGGAGUUCCUACCCUCCCAAGGAGUUUAUUCUAAACAUUUCACCUUACGCCCCCUAUGGCGAUCCUCGACUCUCCCUCAAUGGCACGCUCCUGUCGGGCGCCAAAGUGGCCGCCGCGGCGGGGCUGGCGGCGGAGCGGGAAGGCCGGCCAGGGGAGAAGCCGCCACUGCCAGGAGAGGACGCCAUGAGGAGCAGCGUGUCUGCCCACAGCGAGCCCAGCAAUGGGAAGGCGGGGAGAGGCCGCUGGCACACGGUGCAGAGCCACCUGGCCGCAGGAAAGCUCAGCCUGUCCAAUUUCGAGGACUCCACUCUGUCCACGGCCACUACCCUAGAGUAUAUCCCCAGCUCCGUGGGAGAGCCGAAGUGCCAACGACCCCGCACCCUGCUGCGGCAGCAAAGCCUCCAGCAGCCGCUGAGCCAGCACCAGAGGGCCCAGCAGCCCGGCCAGCCCACCACCAGCCAGAGCCUGGGGCAGCUGCAGUGCCACACGGGCUCCGGCCCCGGCGCCAACCCCCGCGGCUACCCCCGGGGCCAGGCCCGCUCGGGCAGCACGGCCGGCGCCAAGCACCGAGGGGCCGGGGGCCGCAGCCGCUCCAACCCGGGCAGCUGGGAUCACGUGGUGGGGCAGAUUCGAAAUCGAGGCUUGGACAUGAAAUCUUUCUUGGAAGGCCGGAUGGUGGUGCUAUCCUUGGUCUUAGGGCUCUCGGAACAGGAUGACUUUGCCAAUAUCCCUGACCUGCAAAACUCGGGAAACCAGCACUCCCAGAACACUCAGGGGGACAAGAGGUUGCCAUCUGGGGGGAAGGCUGUGAAUACCACCCCGGUGCCAGGACAGACGCCUCACGAUGAAUCCGAUCGCCGGACGGAGCCCCGAUCCUCCGUCUCCGACCUCGUCAAUUCUCUCACCAGCGAGAUGCUCAUGCUCUCCCCAGGGUCCGAGGAUGACGAGGCUCACGAAGGCUGUAGCCGGGAGAACCUGGGCCGGAUCCAGUUCAGUGUUGGCUACAACUUCCAGGAGUCCACUCUCACGGUCAAGAUCAUGAAGGCCCAGGAGCUGCCGGCCAAGGACUUCAGUGGCACCAGCGACCCCUUUGUCAAGAUCUAUCUGCUCCCUGACAAGAAGCACAAGUUGGAGACCAAGGUGAAGCGGAAGAACUUGAACCCACAUUGGAAUGAGACCUUUCUCUUUGAAGGAUUCCCCUACGAGAAGGUGGUGCAGCGGGUGCUCUACCUCCAGGUCUUGGAUUACGACCGUUUCAGUCGCAAUGACCCUAUUGGGGAGGUGUCCAUCCCCCUGAACAAAGUGGACCUGACCCAGAUGCAGACUUUCUGGAAGGAGCUGAAGCCAUGCAGCGAUGGGAGUGGGAGCCGAGGGGAGCUGCUUCUGUCUCUCUGCUAUAACCCCUCCACCAACUCCAUCAUCGUGAACAUCAUCAAAGCACGGAACCUUAAAGCCAUGGACAUCGGGGGAACCUCAGACCCCUACGUGAAGGUGUGGCUGAUGUAUAAGGAUAAGCGAGUGGAGAAGAAAAAGACAGUGACGAUGAAGAGGAAUCUGAACCCCAUCUUCAACGAGUCCUUCAUCUUCGAUAUCCCCACGGAGAAGCUGCGGGAGACAACCAUAAUCAUUACGGUCAUGGAUAAGGACAAGCUCAGCCGGAAUGAUGUCAUUGGCAAGAUCUACCUAUCGUGGAAGAGCGGCCCGGGGGAGGUGAAGCACUGGAAGGACAUGAUCGCCCGCCCUCGCCAGGCCGUGGCCCAGUGGCACCAGCUGAAGGCCUGAGCCGGGCCGAGGGGAGGCCCUGGGGGGGAAGCCGUGGGCCUGCGGUUCGGGGUCACCCCCUCGCCACUUUAUGCACAAACGCCCCUUCGGGGGGAGGGGGGCCCCGGGACUCCGUUCGGGGACCUUCCCGGGGAGCACCGGCCCCGGGCCCGCCGGGGCUUUGGAAGCCAUUUUCCUGCUUGGCCCUCCCUUCCCUGCCCAACCGGCCGAAGCAAAGGAUUAGGGGAGAGGGAAAGGAGGCCGGACCGUUCCCGCAGGAGCCCGCCAGGGGGCGCGCGACGCGCACGCGCGGCCGCCGCCCGUUUUCCCGCCGCUCCCGGGGGGGGGCGGAGCCUCGCCGCCUCGCGCCCUCCGGCCCUCGCUAUUGGUUCCGCCGGCCGAGCGGGCCCCGCCCCCUCCCCGGGCCGAGGAGG